GGGGCAGUGCUGGUGCGACCACAACGUGCAGCAUCCAGCGGGGUAUUCUCAGCCUCCCUUGCUCAACAAAUCGAUCUCGUGGCCGGAAUCGAUUCCCCCGCCCCAUCUGUGGCACGAUAUCUGAGCUGGGCCGGGCCGGGCUGCCUGAGCUGACCGACCCAAGAGUGAUCGCGCACACAUCGAGCUCGAGCUCGCCCUUGAAGGUGCAAAAGCGUUAGUACAGUUGCAGACGGCAAUGGAAGGACAGCCGACCGGGCCUGUUUUGUUGUCCAAAGUGCGAAGCAAGUAUGGGCGAUGUGACUACAAGCGGUUUGACAACAUAGCCUCGACCCAUAUGCGAGCUGGGCGUGGGAGCAUUGGCAAGGUCGAGGUCGACUGCCGGUUUUUGUUCACCAAGUCCCAAUGGGGUGUCAUCGGCGAGCCCAAAAACCCGGCCGGCAUCAUCUACCUGGACCUGGACUUCAGCCAACCCACCGACUGCCGGCUCGAAGCAGCCACUGUCGUAGUGACGCUCACCGAAGACGACGGCGAGGAGGCCCGGAUCCAGUCCCGCUCUGCUUGUCCGGUCAAAUUCACGGACCACUACGGUCCCAAAUGCAUCCGAGGUCCAGAGGUGUUGGUACAGACCAAGAGGGUCAAGAACCGCACGCCCGAGGUGCAGGUCCUGGGGUAUGGUGCGGGCGGCGUGGGGCUCAACAAGGAGAGGAUCGUGCAGACGAGGACGAGGUGGGAUUUCUCUGGCUACAUCUCGUCGACCAAGGACAGCUUCUGGUACAACCGCCUGCGCUGGGAGCUAAAGGAGAACUCGCUCGAGUGGCAGCCGACGCACAGAAACAUGUUCCACACAGCCUUUGCUCUCGAGCACAACGCGACGAGGUUCUACAUGACGGUCCAAGUUAGCGGUAAACUUGCCAAGCGUUCGGAUCAGCUCAAGAGCCGGCUGAAGUUUGGGGAGAGGGGUGGCAAGGACGAGGAGAUAGUGACCAAGAUCGAGUGGGCAGAGGGAUACUCGUGUCCCCGUCGGCUGGACAGGAUUGCGCAGGACCUGCACGAAGCGAUGGAAUAUGCAAACAUGUCCAGAGUUCCGGUCGAGAUCCCCAGCGCAUUGGGUGCGACCUAUCGCCCUGCCAUCGCGAGCCCGGUUCCCCUGACCGGACAAGUUCAGACACGACCAAGCAACUCGCGAAUGGGGCAAGCAGACCGCUCGAGCUCAGAGUCGUGGCCGGAAUCUCGACCGCUCACGGACGCUGCUGCUAGCGAGGCACCAGGCAUUGAGCCGAUGCUAGAGGAGCUGAGAAGGGCGCACGCCGGCUUCGCCCAGCGCCCUUCUCAUCGGCUCCGCCCUCCGUCCCCGGCGCCAGUUGGGGCUCCCGAAACCGAUGCGGAGGAUGGCGCGGAAUCUCUGAGCUCGGUGACGCUGGUUGACACAGCGGUGGCCAGUCAGGAUGGGAGAGAAAAUAGCAGCCCGGCCGUCUCUGAAUCUAAUUGCCAGGAGAAGUGGAACGAGAAGGAAAGAGAACAGAUCGAGAAGAAACCCAGAGUGCAAGGACUGUGGCUCUGGAUGCUUGCCAUCCUCAUGAAUUCGUUCGGAGACCUGGCAGGAGUGGUGCUGGGUUUGUUUGGUUUAUCGGCCUUGCCAUCGGUAUCCAUUUAAGCAUCAUGGAAUGACGCGGACCAGAAACAGAAGGAGGAACAAACUCGGUACAGUCAGGCUCAAUGGUAGUCUGAAGAGUGGCUAGGGAAGUCGACUUCGCGGGGUUCCAACCUCAUACAAACAAC